CUCUGGUCGACGAUCUUGUUUGUUUUGCUCAUCACCAGCUCCCGGGGUUCUAUCCACUACACUCACUCACUUCCAAACAUCUCUGGCGAUAUCAUUCGUUUUCUAUUGCCGCAAAGAUGAAGUCCUUCGUUAAGUCACUCGUUCACCUUGCUCUGGGCGCAACUGCCCUCGCUACCCCUUUGAAGCCCAUCUCGGUUUCGCCCCAGCGGUUUUCCCACUCGCUCUCUCCUCGUCAGGAAUGCGAGAACGGCCCCAACUCGAGGCAGUGCUGGGGAAAAUACUCGAUAGACACCGACUUCUACAAAGUUGUCCCUGACACUGGAGUCACCCGGGAGUACUGGCUCUCCAUCGAGGAGAAGAAUGACUGCAACUCCGAUGGUUACAAGCGCUACUGCCAGACCAUCAACGGCACCUCCCCCGGCCCCCUGAUCACCGCCGACUGGGGUGACAAUCUCGUCAUCCACGUGACCAACAACAUGCAGACCAACGGCACCGCCAUCCACUGGCACGGUAUCCACCAGCGCAACACCGUCGAGUAUGAUGGUGUUCCUGGUGUCACCCAGUGCCCCAUCGCCCCUGGCAAGUCGCUCACCUACAAGUUCCGCGCCACCCAGUACGGCAGCACCUGGUACCACUCGCACUUUACCCUGCAAGCUUCCGAUGGCAUGUUCGGUCCUAUGAUCAUCAACGGACCGGCCACCGACAACUAUGACAUCGACAUGGGUAUGCUCUUCCUCCAGGACCACUUCCACCAGUCUGCCUUUGAGGGCUGGGCGACAUCUGCCAGCAAGGGUGCCCCUCCCGCUCCCGAGAACACCCUCAUCAACGGCACCAACACCUUCGACUGCAGCGGCAGCUCGGACCCCAACUGUGUCGGCGGCGGCAAGAAGUUUGAGAUGGUCUUUGAGCCCGGCAAGAAGCACCUGAUCCGCGUCGUCAACGUCGCUGCCGACGCCCACUUUGAGUUCUCCAUCGACGGCCACGAGCUCACCGUCAUCGGUGCCGACCUGGUCCCCAUCAAGCCUUACAAGACCAAGGUCGUCCAGGUCUCCAUCGCCCAGCGCUACGACAUCAUCGUCGAGGCCAACGCCACCCCGGGCAACUACUGGCUCCGCUCCGGUGCCGACUGCUCGCCCGCCGUCGACCCCACCGCCUGGCGCGACGCCUCCACCGCCAUCGUCCGCUACGACGCCAGCAGCACCGCGGAGCCCACUUCGGUCUCGGACGUCAAGCGCAGCGGAAGCUGUGGCGACGAGGUCCCCUCCACCCUCGUCCCUCACCUGCCCCUCAACGUCGGUCCCAUCAGCGGCAUGACCACCCAGACCUUGGGCUUCAGCGCCACCGGCGACGACCUGGGCCACAACUGGUUCCAGUGGACUCUGAACAGCAGCUCUCUGGUUCUCGACUGGAGCAAGCCCGUCCUGCAGAAGGUCUUUGACCGCGAGCCCAUCUUCCCUACCCCGUACAACAUGGUCAGGGCUGAGAAGGCCGCCGCCCUCGCAAACUCCACCCAGUGGUUCGGCCUCGUCAUCGACGGCAGCUCGCUGGGCAUCCGCAUCGACCACCCCAUCCACCUCCACGGCCACGACUUCUGGAUCCUCUCGCAGGACACCACCCCCUUCACCAACGAGACGGCCCUCAACACCAUCAACCCCAUCCGCCGCGACACCGCCAACCUCCCCGCCGGCGGCCACCUCGCCAUCGCCUUUGAGCUCGACAACCCGGGCGCCUGGAUCGUCCACUGCCACAUCGCCUGGCACGCGUCGCAGGGCCUGUCGCUCAACUUUGUCGAGAGCCAGGGCUCCAUCGCUCUCGCCAUGCCCGACCACGACGUCUUCCAGCAGACCUGCCGCGACUGGGACGCCGUCAAGGACAGCAUGCCUUUCCACCAGGACGACUCUGGUAUCUAAAUCCAGGGGGGGGUAAAACAGAAUGACCCCCUUUUUUUUCUGAUAUGUUUGGUGCAUGUGUUUCACACUCGACAUAUAACAACUUCCCCAGUAUUGUUUUCUUUUUGCCUUUAAUGGUCCCACGAAGAUGUUUUUAUACGGAUGGUGUUUUCGGUCACCUCAAGAUUCGAAGGAGCCAUGUACUCUGACCCAUGAGCUCUCUUCUCACUUUUGAUGUCCAUUUUCCUUUGUUCAAAUAUUUCUUUGACGCUCUUCUCGUCUCACUUUCUUGAUAUAGUCAGAUAUACGAUGACACUUGGCGGAUGAUAUUGAAUAAAUGAUUUGGUUGCACUGA